AUGAUCGGCCCCCUCUUACUGCCACUGCUUUUCACUGCAGUAAUCGGGUCUCCCCAUCACAAUGAGUGUCGUUGUCGGCCCACUGACAGAUGCUGGCCAUCCACCAAGGAGUGGACAGCGUUGAACAAGACCCUCAAUGGGAACUUGGCUGCAGUGCGGCCAGCUGCGUUCGUCUGUCACGUCCCUGAUUAUAAUGCCGAGGCGUGUCAAGUUGUCAAAGAUUCAUGGUCAAACUCCGUCUGGCGCUCCUCACAGGCAGGGGCAAUCCAAUGGGAAAAUUGGGAAGCUUGGCCGGAGCGCGACCAGUCAUGCUACGUCGAGUCUCCCGAGGAUAGUGUCUGUCAGCAAGGUCGCAUCUCGCUGUUCUCAGCAAAUGUGCAAAACGCAAAGGAUAUUCAACAUGCCGUCCGGUUUGCAGGUAACCACAACCUGCGACUUGUCAUCAAGAAUAGCGGACAUGACUUUUUGGGACGCUCAGCGGCGCCCGAGUCUCUGCAAAUUCUGACACAUAGUAUGACGGACAUUGAGAUGCUGGACAACUUCAUUCCCAAAGGUGGGAAAAAAAGCGAAGGCACUGCAAUGAGAAUUGGCGCCGGUGUGCAACUGCCUGAGAUGUACGUUGCAGCUGCCAAGCAGGGCCGCGCUAUCGUGGCUGGCGCUGCCCAUACAGUCGGUGCAGCGGGCGGAUACAUUCAAGGAGGCGGCCAUUCUCCCUUUGGGCAGUGGAAAGGCCUGGCAUCCGAUAAUGCAUUGGAGUUUGAAGUGGUCGUGGCCGAUGUAAGUCCCUUUGACCGGCAGAACCUCCGAAAGAAACCCCGUAUCAAGCCUGGUCCAGUAGCUGACAAACGGAAUCAGGGAUCGCUGGUCACUGCGAAUGCGUACCAAAAUAGGGACCUGUUUUGGGCAUUGAGAGGUGGCGGUGGUGGAACCUUUGGGGUCGUGACUCGUGUUACCAUCCGAACAUUUGAAGACGUCCCAGUUGUCGCAUACAACUUUAACAUGACGACUGCGGGUGGUGAUCCCCGUUUCUGGGACGUUUUCGCAGAGUGGCAUUCGGCGCUUCCUUCAAUCAAUGACGGCGGAGGCUCGGGUUAUUACUAUGGGUUUCCAAAUCUGCCUUUGAGCGCAACCGAGAGCGUAUCCACGAUAUUUGCGUUGUUGUUCUUCACCGAGAAAACUAGCGUCGCCGAAGUCGAUGCGCUGUUCCAGCCACUCGCCUCCAAGCUGCGUCAGAUGGGCAAUGUGCAGGUCGUGAACGAGUCUAUUGCGUUCCCAUCUAUUAUUUCGACCGUUUCCACCUUGAUCCUCGGUGGCUCGGCUGAUAGCACGGGCCGGACCUCGAUGUUGGCUUCUCGACUCUAUUCGAAAGACCUCAUGUUGACCCCCAAUGGGCCUCAGCGGCUGGCGAACGCGAUCAAGAGUAUCAAGUGGGAUCCUGGACAUGAGUUCAUCGGCCACGUCGUGGCCGGGGGCGCUGUUGCUAGAAACGGGGAGACGAUUGACAGUGCCGUCAACCCAGCCUGGCGCAGGACUAUCUCGCAUCUGCUGUUUGCGAGAUCAUGGAAGGCCGCUGAGACAACGCCCGCUCAGCAGGCGGCGAUCAUAAGGAACAUGACCGAUGUAGAGAUACCGAUCCUUCGUUCCGUGGAAGGAGAGGAUCAGAUGGGAGCGUAUCUGAACGAGGCCAACGGGUAUGAGCCAGACUUUCAGGCCUCGUUCUGGGGUCGCAACUACCCGCGUUUGUAUCGCAUCAAGCAAAAGUGGGAUCCUGAGGGGCUUUUCAUCACCCGCAAGGGAGUCGGUAGUGAGGAUUGGGAUGACGCGGGCCUGUGCCGUAGGGGACACUAG